AUGAAAACUACCUUCGUUCAGCUGACACUGGCAGACAACACCGAUGCCACUGUAGAUGACGUAAAUGGCCAAGAAAACCGAUCCGGCAACAAAUCCCAGGGACAUGGCUGCCAACAGAACCAUGCCUAUCCAUUUAAGAAGUAGCAGUACGAAGAUGACAACACGAGAACCGUACCAUUUCAUACAAAACUUCAAAGGUCCCUCUUCACCUUCGUCUUCGCGUCGUUCUGCAGAUUCGUACAAUCGCUGCAGCAAUGAUUUGUGAGCGUCGACGGUGUCCAUGGGGGUUUCUACCUCUCCAGCUUUGAGUCUUUUUUGUGGAUCUCUCUCGAAUGUAACAUCAACUAUGUCGGCCAGUUCCUUGCUCGAUGUUGGAACCAGAGUUCGACUCUCGUAGUUCAGUGCACAACGAGAACCUGGUUGGUUCGCUUCGAAAAGUUUCUGGAAAUGCUCACGAUUUCAUAUGUCAGUGGCCGGUGUGAACAUUUCCCAUGAGUCCAUCGUUUUGAACAUUUCCGGUGCACAAUGUAGCAGAGUUCGCCGUUUGUGAUUAUCGUUCUUUGGUGCAUUUUUAAUGUCUCCAUGGGUAACAUGUCGAUCGUGAAGAAAUUCCAGGGCUUCUAGCAGCUGCCGGAAAUAUCUUUGUGCAAUACAUUCCAUAAGAGGGCCGAUUUUAAGUUGAUUGGCGAGAACCUCAGGUUGGAAGAGCUCAUAGCAUUGCACAGGUAG